AUGGACUUUGGUAUUCUCUUACCGAAAUCUCGACAAAGGAACACACUGCUGCUAUUAUUUCAAUGUACAUUCACAGAUUUCGUGGUAGCGAAACCUAUGUCAGAUAAGACAGAGCUGCGAGUGGAACAAGUCUUCGAGGAAUGCGUAUAUCGAAGAUUCGGAGCGCCAUCACUCAUACGCCAUGAUAGAGACCCUCGCUUCGUGAGCAAAGCAUUCCAAGCGUUUGCAGAGAUGAUGCAGUCGAGAUAUCGCGCAACCUUGAGUUAUCGUCCACAACAAAUAGACACCAAGAAAGGUCUGUCGAAACAGAGAUGCAAUCAGUCAAAGUAUACGCCGAAGAUCCGCUUCAUCUUCGCCAUCAACACCUCUAUGGACACGACCAGGAAGGAGACCCCUUUCUAUCUAAUCCAUGGAUGGGACGCGUAG